UCCUCUCUCCUCUCUCUUCUCUCUCUAUCUUUGCUAGGGUUUCAGAGUCGCCGCUGCUGUGUCCGUUCCGGAAUUCGAUUGACUCUCGCUCCUCCUCCCCAACCCCCCCGGGUCUCCGAGUUCACUCGUCGCGGCUCGGGCAUAGUAUGGCGAUGGAAGUCACGCAAAUUCUCUUGAAUGCACAAUCCGUAGAUGGAGCUGUGCGCAAGCAUGCUGAGGACAACUUAAAACAAUUUCAGGAGCAAAACCUCCCAAGUUUCUUGCUUUCCCUGGCUGGCGAGUUGGCUAAUGAAGAAAAGCCUGCCGAAAGUCGUAAACUGGCUGGUUUAAUCCUUAAGAACGCCUUGGAUGCCAAAGAACAACACAGGAAGUAUGAGCUUGUACAGCGCUGGUUGGCUCUGGACGCUUCGGUGAAGGCCCAAAUUAAAAACUGCUUGAUAAAGACGCUCUCCUCUCCUUCUCACGAUGCUCGCUCUACUGCUUCACAAGUUGUUGCGAAAGUGGCAGGUAUAGAGUUGCCACAGAAACAGUGGCCAGAACUGAUUGGCACUCUGUUGUCAAAUAUUCAGCAGCUUCCAGCACAUACCAAGCAGGCCACACUUGAAACGCUUGGAUAUAUAUGUGAAGAAGUUUCCCCUGAAGCUGUGGAACAAGCUCAUGUAAAUCAGAUACUUACAGCCGUUGUUCAGGGUAUGAAUUCAUCCGAGGCGAACAAUGAUGUCAGACUUGCUGCUACUCGGGCUCUCUAUAAUGCGCUGGGUUUUGCUCAAGCAAAUUUUUCCAAUGAUAUGGAACGUGACUACAUUAUGAGAGUUGUUUGUGAAGCUACUCUUUCCCCUGAAGUCAAGAUUAGACAGGCUGCUUUUGAAUGUUUGGUAGCCAUUUCUUCAACAUACUAUGAGAAAUUGGCUCCUUACAUUCAUGACAUUUUCAACAUCACUGCUAAAGCGGUCAAGGAGGAUGAGGAGCCUGUUGCACUUCAAGCCAUUGAAUUCUGGAGUUCCAUAUGCGAUGAGGAGAUUGAUAUCUUAGAAGAGUAUGGCAGUGAUUUUACCGGGGAUUCUGAAGUUCCUUGCUUCUAUUUCAUAAAACAGGCUCUCCCUGUACUUGUUCCACUUUUGCUGGAAACACUUCUUAAGCAGGAGGAGGAUCAAGAUCAGGACGAAGGGGCUUGGAACAUUGCAAUGGCUGGAGGGACAUGCUUGGGUUUGGUUGCACGAACGGUUGGAGAUGACAUCGUCCCGCUUGUUAUGCCUUUUAUCGAGUUGAACAUUACAAAACCUGACUGGAGACAAAGGGAGGCGGCCACUUAUGCUUUUGGCUCUAUUCUAGAGGGUCCGUCUCCAGAAAAGCUCGUGCCUCUUGUUAAUGUUGCCCUAAACUUCAUGCUGAGUGCUUUGAUGAAGGAUCCGAGUAAUCAUGUGAAGGACACCACUGCAUGGACUCUUGGUAGGAUGUUUGAGUUUCUUCACGGCUCAAUGCUGGAGACUCCUAUAAUAACUCCAGCAAACUGUCAACAGAUUGCCACGGUUCUUUUGCAAAGCAUGAAAGACGUCCCCAAUGUUGCCGAAAAAGCUUGUGGGGCUUUAUAUUUCUUGGCUCAGGGGUAUGAGGACAUGGGACCCUCACCAUCUCCUCUGACUCCCUUUUUCCAGGAUAUUUUGCAGGCACUUUAUGCUGUCACUCGCAGAGAGGACGCUGGAGAAUCACGCCUCCGCACUGCAGCCUACGAAACUCUAAAUGAAGUUGUGCGUUGUUCCACAGACGAGACAUCUCCAAUGGUGAUGCAACUAGUUCCCCACAUCAUGAUGGAGCUUCACCACACUCUUGAAGCCCAGAAGCUUUCAACUGAUGAGAGGGAGAAGCAAAACGAGUUGCAAGGUCUUCUCUGCGGUUGCUUGCAGGUCAUUAUACAGAAACUGGGGUCAUCUGAGGCAACAAAGUAUGUCUUUUUGCAGUAUGCUGAUCAGAUGAUGGGGCUCUUUUUGAGAGUAUUUUCUUGUAGAAGCGCCACUGCUCAUGAGGAAGCCAUGCUUGCCAUUGGGGCGCUUGCGUAUGCUACGGGCUCUGGUUUUGAAAAAUAUAUGUCGGAAUUUUAUCGGUAUCUUGAAAUGGGUCUUCAGAAUUUUGAGGAUUACCAGGUUUGUGCUAUCACGGUUGGUGUUGUAGGAGAUCUAUGUAGGGCUCUGGAGGAUAAAAUCUUGCCAUAUUGCGACGGGAUAAUGACGCAACUGCUGAAAGACUUGUCGAGCAAUCAGCUGCAUCGGUCCGUGAAGCCUCCCAUCUUCUCAUGCUUUGGUGACAUUGCUUUGGCAAUUGGGGAGAACUUUGAGAAGUACUUGACAUAUGCUAUGCCCAUGCUGCAGAGCGCCGCAGAAUUAUCAGCUCACACGUCUGGUGCAGAUGAUGAUAUGACCGAGUAUACUAAUUCCCUGAGAAACGGAAUAUUGGAGGCAUACUCAGGGAUCUUUCAAGGAUUUAAGGGCUCUCUAAAGACCCAACUAUUGAUGCCUUAUGCUCCUCAUAUUCUUCAGUUUUUGGAUAGUCUGUACAUGGAAAAGGAAAUGGAUGACGUGGUGACCAAGACAGCAAUUGGGGUCCUUGGAGAUCUAGCAGAUACUCUGGGUAGCAAUGCCGGUCCCUUGAUUCAGCAGUCCAUAUCAAGCAAAGACUUUUUAAACGAAUGCUUAUCCUCAGAUGAUCAUAUGAUCAAGGAAUCUGCCGAAUGGGCCAAGUUGGCUAUCAAUCGAGCCAUUGCUAUUUGAGGCUGCUGAUAGUCCAUGCAUUCCGUAGUCCUUCAUGCAUUUGGGUGUGUUGAGUUGGGGUCUGGCAUUGCAUUCCAUGAGUCAGGUCAUCACCAUUUUUGGGUUCAAAGAUAUGGGUUAUUUCGCCAUUGUCGUGUCAUGUCAGCAGCGAUCCGAUGCCUUUUUCUUUCAAAUUAAGUUGAUAUUAAUUUUAUUAUUUUCCUUUCUGUGGAAGGAAGAUGGCGGUGAUGACCCGCGUAUCUAUCUGCUAACUUGGCAGAUAAGAAUGGACAUUUACCGAGGAGAAAAAAACAGUUUAAAUGGUUGGGGAGGAAGACAUCCGAGAGACUGCAUUUGGUUGUGCGAAUUUGUUUAUCAUGGUGGGCAGAUGUGGUUUCUUGUUAUGGAGAGGAUGGUGCUGAAGGCAUGCCCGCAGAGUCGGCGGUUUUGGCCUGAAUCAAGUCUGCAUUUUUCUGAUCGUCUUACAUUUGCUCUGUGUUCUUCCCUCCUCACACCAAACUUGGGUAUCCAAAGCAUUGCAUUGUUACAGUUGUCAUAGAGUUUGGUCUUUGCCUCUGUACUCAUUUUGUAUACUUGCUCGUUGUGUGGAAUUGCUGAGAGCCACACAAUCUAGGGCGCUCAUAGCAUGCAUCAUUCACAUUUCAUCAGUUUAAUGUUCAAUAUAAUGGGUUUUUUUGAGUCAA